AUGAUUCGAAGAAGUGCCCAUCUUCGCAGUUUGAUUCGAUAUUUUGAUGCGGGUUCUUCUGUAUCAAAGCUUGGAGCUUACAAAUUUUCGUCUCGGGCUGCAUCUUCUUUGCUGCAAGCCAUUGAACCAUCCACUGACAGUGCCAAUGAUGACGAGAAAACUGCUAUUGAUUGGAAUAAUCUUGGAUUUGGCCUUAUGCCAACUGAUUACAUGUACACGAUGAAAUGCUUUAAAGAUGAGAAUUUCACACAAGGCCAACUUAGCCGAUAUGGGAACAUUGAGUUGAGCCCUUCUGCGGGAGUCUUAAACUAUGGACAGGGCCUAUUUGAAGGUACAAAAGCUUACAGAAGAGGAAAUGGGCAUCUCUUCCUAUUCCGUCCAGAUCAGAAUGCAAUUCGCAUGCAGAAUGGUGCCGAAAGAAUGUGCAUGCCCUCCCCCUCCAUUGAGCAAUUUGUUGAUGCUGUAAAGCAGACCGCUCUAGCUAACAGACGCUGGAUUCCGCCUCCAGGGAAAGGGUCUCUUUAUAUUAGGCCUCUGCUAAUGGGAAGUGGGCCUAUACUUGGUUUGGCUCCAGCAUCUGAGUACACAUUCCUCAUAUAUGCUUCCCCUGUUGGCAUCUAUUUCAAAGAAGGUUUGGCACCCUUGAACUUAUACAUCGAGGAUGAAUUUCAUCGCGCUUCUCGUGGUGGAGCUGGAGGCAUCAAAAGCAUAACCAAUUAUGCCCCGGUAAACAAAUCCUUCUCACUUUUGGGUGUAAAAGGGGUUGCAUAA